UUGACCGCGUUAAUCAUUUAUUCGCAAGAAUCUGGUGCUGUAUUGAUCAACUUUUUUUGUCCCCAGGUAAAGGGACCCUUUCUUUCCACGUAAGGACUCAGCUCAGGAGGGGUUGUUAAGUUUCUCCAUUUGCUUCCACUUCGGAAAGCAUCUGACAUCCAGGCUGCCGGCUUAACAGUCACAUUCACCCGGCUAUCCUGGGACCCACAGAUCUCUCACUGGGGGCAAGGGGAGAACAGGGAUGAGAUGGGCCAGAGGGAGAAGUGUAUUUUCCAUAAGAGCCUCUUACAGACCUGGCUCGGAAAUUGGGAAGCGGCGGUUUCGGCAGAAGCCACCGCUCUGCCCUGCCAAGCAGCAACUUCAGCUAAAAGCAGCGGGCAGACGCGAGGAGGGGCCCAAGAGGAGGGCAGCGCUUCUGGGAUAUUUAAUGUAAGUCUUGCAACAGGCUUCAAAGAACGUUGCUCUCUCCUCCCCGCCUCCCAACCCCCCCCACACACACACACACAUCCCCCCCACAUCCCCCGAGCCCCAACCCCCUCUCUCUUUCCUGUUGCGUCCCAGCCCUCCGCCCCACGUUCUUCUUUCGCUGGCACGGACUGACCCAGAGCUGCUCAGCUCUGCUCAGCUCUGCCGUGCUGUGCCCCGAGCUGCGCUGCGCUGCGCUGUGCUGCGUAGCUCCGCUCCAGAGAGCCCAGCAGCGAAGGCACGGAACUGGGGAGCCCCAGCCCUGCGCUCACUUGGAUUCCGGGGCCGCUCCCCUCCUAAGCCGCAGGCGCUGCCGCCUCCGCCUCUGCCGUCUCCUCCUCCUCGGGAGCUGUGCGCACAGCAGAGGCACCCGCCGGGACGCCCUCAGCCAGCCAGACGGUCGGCCAGGCGGACCGGUAGACGGAGCCCCCGCAGGAGGGCGAGCGGCCGGAGGAAGCGCGCUUGGAGACCGGCCCGCAGCAUGGAUUCGGAUUCCGGGGAGCUGAGCGAGGGCGAGCCAGUCUCCGCUGCAGGCCCUGACUUAUUUAGCUCAAAGAACCUUGCCCUUCAAGCACAGAAGAAAAUUCUGAGCAAACUAGCUAGUAAAACUGUGGCCAACAUGCUUAUUGAUGACACCAGCAGUGAGAUCUUUGAUGAGCUCUAUAAAGUCACCAAAGAACACACCCGAAACAAGAAGGAAGCCCACAAGAUCAUGAAAGACUUAAUUAAGGUGGCUAUAAAAAUUGGGAUUCUCUACCGAAAUAAUCAGUUCAACCAAGAGGAGAUGGAGAUUGUGGAGAAACUCAGGAAGAAGCUAAAUCAGACGGCCAUGACCAUCGUGAGUUUCUAUGAGGUAGAGUACACUUUUGAUAAGAACGUGCUUUCCCAACUCCUGAAUGAGUGUAAAGCCCUGGUGCAUGAACUAGUGGGGAGGCACCUGACUCCCAGGACCCAUGGGCGCAUCAACCAUGUCUUCAAUCACUUUGCAGAUGUGGAAUUCCUCUCUGCCCUCUAUAGCUUGGAUGGAGAGUGCCGGCUCAACCUCAAAAAGAUCUGUGAUGGAAUCAACAAAUUGCUGGAGGAAAAAAUUCUCUGAAUAUUUUUUCCUCUAUUUUCUCUUUCCUGAUUUAAAAUGACAGUCACUGAGUGUCUCUGAUGAGAAACAGCAGCAACAGUAAUAUCAACAAUGAAACAAAAACCCUGUAAAGUGUAUCAAUUUUCUGUCUCAUUCAUCUAGCGUCUGCUAGCUUCGUUCCAAGUCCAGGUGUACUCCCUGAGCUCCCUGAUGUUGGAUUUUUAAUGUACAUCUGAUUGUUUGCAAGUGCUUGACAUAAAUGGCAUCUCAGAGACUUGUUAAAGACAGUUGAUGACAUAUCCCAGGCAGGGGGAACUACUCUGUUGAACGGCAGCAUAAUCAAGAAAGAUUACCAAUUUAGCUUUUUCAAGGGCAUGAGAGGUGAUUUGUUUAGGAGAGAAAGAAGGAAAGAAGAAAGUAUAAACUGUUUUCUAAAUGUCUUCUUCCAGGUGUGCUGAUUUUUAAAAGUAAUAAUAAUAACCUAUAAGUUUAAGGAAAUACAGCCUCCCUACAUAGGAAAACGUACUCCCUACCCUCACCCCACCCCCAAGCAACACGAUGAAUGUAACACAAAUCAGGGAUCUACUAUGAGAAGGAAAUUUGCCUUUAUUAUUUUGGAUAGGUUAGGGGGAGGCAUUAAGGGAUCAGGAAGAGUUUUUUCUAUUUCAGAUGUCGCAGAACUCCAUGGGGGACAAUUUCCUGGGAGUAUGUCAAUAGUCUCUAAUAAGAGGUAAUUUUCCUUCUAUUACUACUCCUGAGAGAUACACACAUCUCAUGUCUGCAUGUGUGCAAUCAGCUAUGGUUCAAGGAUACUCUGCCUGAACCAGGCACACAACCAGUAAGGGUUUAUAACGAUGCAUAGGUGAAAAUCAAACAGGAGGAAUCCCUUUACUUCCUUCUUGACCUUCUCAAGUUUCAAAGCACCAUUUUUUUUUGGUCCAUUAAACUGAAGAACCCUUUGAACAAAGGAGGAGAUUGUGAUUAUGAUUCAGAAACAAAACCAUCUGCCAUGAGAUGCUUUCCUAAAAUAAGAACAGUGGAAAUGACAAGAGAGGAAUCCAGACGUCAGAACGCAUGCCUCAUACUCUAUUCCCUUGAACAAGAAUGAUCGUACUGCCUCAGACUGUAGUCUGAACCAGCCCUUUAGCCAGUCUCGGACUGCAGAACCCAUGCAUGGUUAGAUGAUUUGUGGGAGGUCAUGGCUGCAACAUCAGCCAAAACAGCUACAGCCCAGAUGCCAACCAGUCAAACUUGAAUUGCUCACGUUGUCAAAGUCAAUUAAACACUUCAGUGAAAAACA